UGCAUGUGCGUGCGUUUAUACAUAUGUGUGUGUGUGAAUUUAUUCAUAGCGUGAAGAGGCAGAGGCCCCCCCAAAAAAAUAAGAAAGAAAAACCAAAAAUUGUUCUUAAUUUGAUUUCUUUUUUAUAUAAUUUUUUCACCAUACGCACACACACAUUAAAAGAGACCUAUGAAAAGUGAAAAGGUGAAAUAGAUAACCAUUCGCCACUUAAAAGAAAAAGGAAAAACGGAACAAAGUGCGGAAGAAGAAAGACGAAUCAAGUGUGAGUUGGUGUGUGUGUGUGUGUGUGCGUGUGAGUUGCGGGUGUGUGAAUGAAAAACCCAGCUAACUGUAAAAAAUAUAACCAAAAAUAAAACAAAAAAAGAAUUUAGGCAAAAGAACGUAAGUCUUUUGUCAAAGAGGGGGCGCAAAGGGAAGCCCAAGGGCAUUGACUUCCAUAGAAGCAGGAACUGUAAUAGAAGAAGAACGGGGGAGGUCAUGGCGGAUACAGAGAUGAAAGCGACGACGACGACGACGGCGGCGGCAACAGCACCAUCAGCAGCAGGACCUGCAAUGGGAGCCACGGCCAGUAAAAAGAAAUACAAAAAUAAAAAGAAAAUGGAAAAAACGAAACAACAACAACCACAACAGCAGCAGCAGCACCAACAGAACCAUAAGGUCGAGGUCAAUGGACAUCGAGAGUCGGAUAAAACUGUAGAGGAAGCAGAAGCAGAUGGAUCAAUUGAUGGCAAAAAAUGUGUGAACGAUCUAAGCGAAAUAAAUGGCCUUAUAAGCGAGCUGCAUAUUUGCAAUGGGCAUAAAGCAAAGUGCGCGAAUCAAUUAGAGGAGGCUGCUGUGGCGGCGGUGGCAGUGGCCACACCCAUGCCCCUGCCCCUCAAUGGUCAUAGCAAUAAUAAUCACAUUUAUAGCAACAACAAUAACAAUAGCAUUAAUAACAAUAAACAUAAAAAUCAAUGUUUGGUGGACAAAAGCAACAACAACAGCAAUAGCAGCAACGCCAUUAUUAAAUCAAAAUCAUCCGAGAAGCUGGCGAGGAAUGGCGGAACAGAUCAGACCACAAUCCUAGCCACAAGCACACUUACUGCCAACACACAAACAACUACAGCAACAACCACAAAGACAACGCCACUUGAAACGGGGAAAGAUGCCAUUCAAGCCUCGACCUCUGCGGAGGCAGCAAGCGCAUCCCCAACAACAACAGCAAAUCCAGCAUCAACAUUAACAAGCACCACCAAUGAUUCGCCCCAAUCAAUAGUUGUGGAAUCGCCUCCUGCCAUUUCAGCAGAUGAAAUCAUCUACAAGGAAUACGAAGCCGAAUAUCAAAUGCAUGACAUCAUGCGUCUGAUUCAGGCGGAGCUCUCCGAGCCAUAUUCGAUAUAUACAUAUCGUUAUUUCAUAUAUAAUUGGCCAAAAUUAUGCUUCCUAGCCUCGCAUGAGAAUCAAUAUGUCGGCGCCAUAGUAUGCAAACUGGAUAUGCAUAUGAAUUGUCGGCGGGGAUACAUUGCCAUGUUGGCUGUACGUAAGGAAUAUCGUAAAUUGAAAAUAGGAACAACUCUCGUUACCAAGGCCAUUGAGGCAAUGUUGGCCGAUAAUGCCGAUGAGGUAGUUCUGGAAACGGAAAUGAGAAACGAGCCGGCUUUGCGAUUAUAUGAGAAUUUGGGAUUUGUGCGUGAUAAGCGAUUAUUUCGCUAUUAUCUCAACGGUGUGGAUGCUCUACGCCUAAAGCUCUGGUUCAGAUGAGUGACACCUGAGCCCGAUCUGGUUAAUGAAAUUGUUGUCUAGCCCGGAUAUAAAGAAAAACAAAAAAAGAAAUCCAAAAAGAAGAAGGAGAGAGAGAGAAAAAGAGGGAGAGUUGAACUCUUUUUAGUUGAGGUGUGUUUGAGUUUUUGUAUGUAUGUUCGAGCGAGUGUAUGUCCUGUGUUUAAUGUCCCCAGAAAGUAUAUUUAGAAAAGGGAAGGAUAAAGUGUAUUGUCAAAGUUUUGUUUUUUAAUUUUUUUGU